AUGUGUCAUCCAUAUCAUCUGUGUUUCAUUCUCAGCGUGAUUUUGUGUAUUAGAGCUGCAUACGGCCAAUGGGAUGAUUAUAGUCUCAAGCGUGAAGAAAGAAAAGAAAUGAAAGCGGAAAUCAAGAGAAUAAAGGCUAAGUACUCUCGCAGAAUAGAGGAAAGAGUUGUCGAUGAAAUCUCUUUGUUCACUCUGAAUUACAAACUUGAAGAACCAAAAGACGUGACGAGACUAGUAAAGUUUGUGAAAAAACACGAAAAGGCAUUUGGCUACAAAACGCAAUACUUCAUGUCCAAGGAUGACUUGUAUAUCCAUAUGAAGACGACCUCUGAAGGAAAAGUUGGCUGUGCUCAUCUUCCGCGUAAUUUCUGCGGAUACAUAUGCCUCAUCGAGGAACAUAUUUCGUUAUGGUGA